AAGGCCGAAGAAAAAGAAGAAAUCAAGAAUGAACAAUUGACUUUGAUCAGAGAAGCCUUGAAAACUUUGGACGACGAACAGCCUCCAGUUGAUAUUAACGGUAAAGAAAACUAUUUUAUGGAACAAGUUUCAAUUGGUGAAAAGAAGGCCACCGAAGGAUCAGUUGUUGAUGCCGCAUUAUGUUUCUAUAAAGCAUUAGAAGUUUAUCCAAAUCCAACCGAUAUUUUAGGCGUUUAUCAAAAAACCGUUCCCCAAGAUGUUUAUGAAGCUAUUAUUAUGAUGAUUGCUUUAAGACCACCAGCUUCAAUUUCAAAUGUUUUGGGUGAUCAAUUGAAAACCGUUAAUACCAAACCAACCGAAAAUGAUUUAGAUUAA